AUGGUUCGGGUCCGAGCUGUGGUGAUGGCCCGAGAUGACUCCAGUGGGGGCUGGCUGCCUGUGGGGGGCGGGGGCCUCAGCCAGGUGAGCUUAUGUCGGGUCCAAGGGGCCAGGCCCGAGGGGGGGGCCCGCCAGGGGCACUACGUCAUCCACGGGGAGCGACUCCGGGACCAGAAAACCACCUUGGAGUGUACGCUGAGGCCAGGCUUGGUUUACAACAAGGUGAACCCCAUCUUCCAUCACUGGAGCUUGGGUGACUGCAAGUUUGGGCUGACGUUUCAGAGUCCUGCAGAAGCUGAUGAGUUCCAGAGGAGCCUGCUGGCAGCACUGGCGGCACUGGGUCAAGGCUCACUCACUCCCUCCUCCUCUUCUUCCUCCUCCCCUUCCCAGGACACUGCAGAGACCCCCUGCCCUCUGACGUCCCACGUGGACAGCGACUCCUCCUCCAGUCACAGCCGCCAGGAGACCCCUCCCACCACCGCUGCAGCGGCCCCCCAGGUCACCGAGGAGUCAGCUUCCAGCUUCGGGCCAGCCACGCCCCCCCAGCACCGCUGCUCCUCCACUCAGAGCUAUCCUCCGCUCCUACCGUUCACAGGAUUUCCGGAGCCCUCAGAGCCCCUGGCCGGGGCAGCGGGGCUGGGCUGGGGCAGCCGCGGUUAUGAGGAUUACAGGCGCACCGGCCUGCCCUCGCCCCUCACCCUGUCCACCUGCGUGGUUCGCUUUGCCAAGACUGGCGCGUUGAGGGGUGCAGCCCUGGGGCCCCCAGCCGCCCUACCUGCUCCUCUCCCAGAGGCGGGACCUCCCGCACCAGCCAAGGCCUCCCCGGAGGCGGAGGAGGCGGCACGCUGCGUGCACUGCCGCGCGCUCUUCCGCCGCAGAGCCGAUGGGCGCGGUGGCCGCUGUGCGGAGGCCCCGGACCCGGGUCACCUGCUGGUGCGCCGUCUCAGCUGCCUGUGGUGUGCGGAGAGCUUGCUCUACCACUGCCUGUCGGAUGCCGAAGGCGACUUCUCGGACCCGUGUGCCUGCGAGCCGGGCCACCCACGCCCUGCUGCGCGCUGGGCCGCGCUGGCCGCACUCUCCCUGGCCGUGCCCUGCCUCUGCUGCUACGCGCCCCUGCGCGCCUGCCACUGGGUUGCAGCACGAUGUGGCUGCGCGGGCUGCGGAGGUCGCCACGAGGAGGCCGUGCGGUGA